AAACUGCAUGCCCUCUCUUCCCCCUCAAACACCACCAUUUACAUUUUUACUCUCUUUUUCCCUCUCUUCAUCUUCUCUUCAUUUUCAUUAUCUCCUCGUUUUUCUUAUUGACAUCAAGAAUAAUCAUUAACUAUGGCUGACCAAGUUCAGGUUGGAGCGCCGCCAGCUGACAAGGUGGUUGUUGUUCCCGACGUGCCACUAGCUGAGAAACCUCCGGUUGCAGCAGCAGCAGCAAAAGAGCCACCGCCGGUACCCGAAAGCGAAGAAGAACUGGUCAAACAAAAACAGGUUGAGGACGCGGAGGCUUUAGAGACGAAGAUAUCAGAUGCAGUUGCCGAUGGUGAUGAUGAGGAAAAAGUUCCCCAGUCGGGUCAUUACAAGGAAGAAAGCACGCGGGUGGCUGAUCUUCUUGAGAAUGAAAAGAAAGCGGUUGAAGAACUUAAAGUGCUUGUUCGAGAAGCGCUUAACAAGCAUGAGUUUGGUGGGUUUGCAAUGCCGCAGCAACAGCAACAGCAACAACCAAAGGAUGAUUCUGCCAAAGAAGAACCAAAACCAAAAGCAGAAGCAGUCACAGAAACUGUGGCCGAGACAAAGGAAGAAAGCAUCGCUCAGGCUGAAACAGGAGAUGAUGAAGAGAAGGUUUCUACUGCUACUGUACGAUCUGACGCAGUGGAAGACGAUGGUGCCAAGACUGUAGAGGCCAUUGAAGACACUAUUGUUUCAGUCUCUGCUUCAGUUCAACCAGAGCAACCGCCGGAAGCAGCAUCUAAAGAGCCUUCAGAUGCAAAGCCUAAUGUGGAAGGUAAAGAUGCUGAAACAGUAUCGAACAAAGUGCUCCCACAAGAGGUAUCCAUAUGGGGCAUACCACUUCUUGCAGAUGAAAGAAGCGAUGUUAUUCUCCUCAAAUUUCUAAGAGCCAGGGAUUUCAAGGUGAAAGAAGCAUUCACCAUGCUCCAAAACACCAUUCGUUGGAGAAAAGAGUUCGGCAUUGAUGAACUGGUGGAACAAGAUUUUGGUAAUGAUUUGGAGAAAGUGGUGUUCAUGCAUGGUUUUGACAAAGAAGGACAUCCGGUGUGCUAUAAUGUGUACGGAGAGUUCCAAAACAAGGAGCUUUACCAGAAAACAUUUUCGGACGAAGAGAAGAGGCAAAAUUUCUUGAGGUGGAGAAUCCAAUUCCUGGAAAAGAGUAUUCGGAAACUAGAUUUCAGCCCUGGUGGCAUAUGCACUAUUGUUCAGAUCAAUGACCUGAAGAAUUCCCCAGGACUUACUAAAUGGGAGCUUAGACAAGCUACCAAACAAGCCCUUCAGUUGCUGCAGGAUAACUACCCUGAAUUUGUUGCCAGACAGGUGUUUAUCAAUGUACCAUGGUGGUACCUUGCGGUGAAUAAGAUGAUAAGUCCAUUUUUAACGCAAAGAACCAGAAGUAAGUUCGUGUUUGCAGGCCCUUCAAAAUCUGCAGAGAACCUUUUCAGGUACAUCGCUGCGGAGCAAGUACCAGUCAGGUACGGAGGGUUGAGCAAAGACGGUGAAUUCGGCAACACCGAUGCCGUCACCGAGAUAACUGUUAAGCCAGCGGCAAAGCACACAGUAGAGUUUCCAGUUACAGAGGCAUGCUUACUGACAUGGGAGGUGAGGGUUGUGGGAUGGGAAGUGAACUAUGGAGCAGAAUUCGUACCCAGCGGUGAAGAUAGCUACACAAUAAUAAUCCAGAAGAGCAAGAAGGUGGGUUGUUCAGAGGGAGAAGUAGUGUGUGACAAUUUCAAGGUUGGUGAGCCUGGAAAGGUUGUUCUCACCAUCCAUAACCCUACAUCCAAGAAGAAGAAACUCCUCUAUCGCUUGAAGACCAUGCCUGCAUCUGCUUAGACCCAAACACUAAGCCAUUCACUUUUGCUAUUUUGCUUGCCUCUAAAAAAAAAAAGAGAACGUUUCUAUUAUUAUUAUUAUUAUUUGGAAUUUUGGAGUUGUUCAUUUUAUUUAAUUAUUUUUAGAUAUAGUUAUCUGGUUUGUGUAUAUUUUAUUUAUACCUAUACUACCUUAAAAAUAAUUGUUUUUCCUAGUAAA